AUGAGCCCAUCCGAAGAAUUUAAGCCGGAAAAUGUCCGCGUAUACAAACCUGGAGAACCGGAGUAUGAACAUUCCGUGGCAACCCCAAACUUGCUGUACCGCUUCACGCGACCACCUGGGGUUGUUAGGCCGAAAACUACCGACCAAAUCAAGGCCAUCCUCAACGAAGCAUACGAAAAGGGCGUUUCCCUUACGAUCAAAGACGGAGGCCAUUGCUAUGCGGGAUUCUCCACCACUGAAAAAGGUGUUUUGGUGGACCUGAUGAACAUGAAUCAGGUCGACCUUAAGCUUGAUUCCAGCAACAUACCGAAAACAGUUACCCUUGCAGGUGGCGCCAAAUGGGGUCAUGCAUACAGAGAGUUAGUCAACGGCCGGCACGACAGAUAUAUGAUCAAUGGUGGGCGCUGUCCCACGGUCGGCGUCAGCGGCUUCGUUUUAGGUGGGGGGCUUGGCCCUUUUGGAAGAAGUUUGGGGAUGGGGUGCGACUCUAUCAAGGCAAUCACUAUAGCUAUAGGGCCGCGAGGAGACGGACCGGGCGCACGUGCGCAAACUUGGAAGGUCAGCCGGGAUGACGCGGAUGCUAACAAACGAGAGCUGUUCUGGGCACUUUGCGGUGCCGGAGGAGGAAAUUUUGGGAUCGUCACGGAGGUAGAAAUGAAUGUUCAAUGUCUGAACAGCGAGAAAGUUACAGCAGGGAGGCUUACUUACCGGCCGAAGCAAGAGAAUAUGGGUGAAUUUAUGGACGCGAUGUGUGAAUUUUAUACUGCUCAGUGGAGUAACGAAAUGACCAUCGACACCAGUUGGUUGUGCGAUCUCAGCCAGACUGAUAGCGAGCUUGCGGUCCGAUUUAUUAGCUAUUACAAUGGUAGCAAGUGCAAAUUCGAUAACGAGAUCGACCAGACUUUGGUCAUAGGAGCAGAGGUGGGAAACAUGCUAAAACGGCGAACUUCCGCGGAGCAUUCAACACGCUUCCUCCACGAAACACUCGUGUCCCAGUGGUCAGAGGAGACAAUACAGUCCCUGCCUUCUAGCCGAAACUACAGCAUUUACACUUCUUUCGUCUUUACCAACGGCAACACGGACCAAAUGAAGAAGAUCGUUUCCGUCAUCCGCCACGAAAUGAAGUCUUUUCGAGCCAAGUUCGCGGGUGAACGCGGGCUCCUGCAGGUUUCGUUCAUUCAUUCCGGGGGAGUUGCCGCCGACAAAGCAUCCGGUUAUACAGCAUACCCCUGGCGAGAUGGUAUUUAUCAUACAUAUAUCAUGUUGGUAUGGGAGGAGAAGUGGUUAAGAGACGACAUGGAAAAUUUUUUGGACAAGUUCAAAAAGAGAUUAAGGCCAUAUUCGAUCGACCGGAAGGCCGCAUUCAUCAAUUUCCCCGACAACAGACUCAAAGACGGGUAUUUGGAAGCAUACUAUGGCGAGAACGUUAAGAGGCUUCAGUCAGCUAAGGCCAACUGGGACCCGAAAAAUUUCUGGAAUUGGGAGCAGGGCAUUUCGCCUUCGCAAGAUCAAAGCUCGUCGUCUGUUGCCGUAUCUGCGGGGAAGAAGGAUGCGUCAGAAGACACAAAAGAAGACAGGCAGUGGAAUCUCGUUUCGUGUCCUCAAGCGAUUGACUUCGAAGGUGCCAUUUCCCUUCCGCUAGGGAAGGUCCUUGGAGGGGGAAUACAUUCAUUGUCUGAUCUGGGCUUUUAA